CUGCACCCGAAAAGACUAUGACCAAACAACCCUAUGCCCUAUUUAAACAACCGUAUGCAUCUAAAAUAUUGGCCUACUUAUAGAAGUGAAUUACGAGGAAGCAUCUCAGCAAAAACACUCUUCCCCCACAACUGUCUGCGGUCUGAGGAGGAAGAGGACCACCACCAUGCAGUUUCCUGGUUCUGAUGCCAAUAUACUCUUCAAAAUUGACCAUAACCCAAUUCAGUCAAUCAAAGGCAUGACAUCAUAGACCUUGUAUUUAUAUUAAAUUAGGCCACACCAAAGAGAUCGUCUCUAGUCUAGACUAGUCUUUAGACCACUCAUAUGGAUAGGAAGCUAUUCAAAGCCGCCAUGGAUGGCCAUGUCCACAUCCUCAAGCAAUGCAAUCAACUUGAAUGCCAAUCAACACCAACCAGCAACACUGUCCUCCACAUUGCAUCCCUCUAUGGCCGAUCCCAAUGCGUUGAACAUGUUCUGUCUACGUGCACGGCCCUUUUGAAGACGGUGAAUAAGAAAGGCGAAACUCCGCUCCAUAUUGCUGCCAAGAAAGGCUAUGCUGACAUAGUCGUGGCCCUGAUUGAGUGCGCAAGGACUCAGGGGAACGAUAUGGAGAGCGGGGUUGGAGUGGUGGAGGAAAUGGUGAGGAUGGUGAAUGAGGAGAAGGACACUGCGUUGCAUAUGGCCGCGAGGAACGGGUGGGUGAAGGUGGGGGAGUUGUUGGUGAGGGAAGAUCCGGAGUUCGAGUACUAUGGCAACCGGGCUGGGGAAAGCCCGCUUUACUUGGCCGUGGAGGGGGGGCUUAGGGAGUUGGUGUUUGUGAUUUUGGACAAGGGGAGUUCCCCGGCUCAUGGUGGGCCCAUGGGGAGAACCGCCUUGCAUGCAGCUGUGAUUCGCAACGACAAAGGAAUGACAUUAAAAAUAUUGGAAAAAAAGAAAUUUCUAACCGAAAUAGCUGAUGAAGAUGGAUGGACACCGCUUCACUACGCUGCACACUUCAACCAUGUCAAGAUGGUCAGACUGCUACUAAGACAGGAAAAAUCAGCAGCAUACACCCCAAACAAAGAAGGCAAGACAGCUCUCCACAUUGCAGCUAGUCGAGGUCACACAGAGUCAAUGCAAGAGCUCGUUUCCCAGUGUCCCGAUUGCUGUGAGCUUGUCGAUGGCAGAGGACAGAAUGCUCUUCAUGUUGCUGUGGAAAACAACGAAGCCGGCUCUGUGGGGUUAAUGUUAAAGAAUCCCUUAUUUGGCAGCCUCAUAAAUGAGAAGGAUGUCAAUGGGAACACGCCUCUGCAUCUCUUGGCGACUUGGGGCUGCUAUAUUCGGUCACUUAUUAUUGACCCGAGGGUGGAUAAGUCUGCAUAUAAUGCGGAGAACUUGACAGCCCUCGACAUUGCAACGUGCACUCAUCAAUUCUCAACAUUGAAGAGUCUUGUAAGGCGAGAACUAGCAUUAGCCGGUGCAAAAGGAGGCCUAAGGAAGGUAAUUAACAAAGACGAGGGCGAAAAAGGGGACACAGCACGCGAACACCUCAAAAAAGUAAUAAAUUUGAAUGUUAGUCCAGAGAAAUUUGAAAAAGGUUUAAGGGUUUUUGAUGUUAAGUCCAAAGAUCCAAAGAAAUUUGAUAGAAAUUUAGAAUUUUCUCUGAUGUUUGUUGGUGUGGCUGCAUCUCGUGUGAAGGACUUCUUUGCUAGUGCCAGAUCAUUUGCACCUUCUAUCAUUUUCAUUGAUGAGAUAGAUGCUAUUGGUAGCAAACGUGGUGGACCAGAUAUUGGUGGGGUGCUUCAUCAUGAAGUAACCUCCUUAGCUAUUAUAUGUAGGGUUGCAAUCUUUGUUUUGGAGAGAAUCCAGUCUUCAAAUCUGAUUCUUUCAUAUUUUGGCCAUGAUCCAAGUAUUAAUGGGGUUCAUCUUUGA